UAAUUGCCGUAAUUCGUAAUCUACAGAUAAAAGUUUAUUGGAGUAAUUGACACUUUACACUCAGUCAAGAAUCAAUCGAUAAUUAUUUCCACCGGCCAAACUUGCAAUGUUCCAAGAAAAUGCAGCACAGUCCCCUCUUAAGAUGGGUAUCUCAGAUAACAGUUUCAACCUUAGCUUGGUGUAUAAUUUAAUCUCUAUAGUUUGUUAUCUACUGCUUAUACUACCUGAACCAGCUAGCUUAGCUAGAAGCACAAACAAAGGGUAUGGAGCUUGCCAGCCCAAUUUUAGAUGUUGCUACUCGACUGUGGAAUUGCACGUCAAGUCGAGCAGCGUACAUAACUCGCAGGGCAGAAACCAUGACUUCGUUGAAGACCAAAUUGGAAGAAUUAAAAGCCAUCAGCAAUGAUGUGAAGAUGAAGAUAAAGGUAGCACAACAGCACGGAAUGAAGCAGACUGAACAAGUCCAUGCUUGGCUCACAAGGGUGGAACAAACAGAAAAUAAAGUUACUCAGAUUCUUCUUGAAGAUGAACAGAUCGCGGAUCAUAGUUGUGGAUAUCGAUCUUCUUAUAAUCUUGGGAAGAAAGCGAUGAAAACACUCCAUAUUGUCGAGGAUCUGAUAAAAACCAACACAAAAUUUCAGGAGGUUGCUAAUGAGCAGCCCCUUCCCGCUUCAACUACUGCAGAGACAGACGGUUUAUACAUGAUGCAAAUGGAAAACCCUGUGGGCGUUGAAUCUGUUUUACAGAGUGUUUGGGAAAAUCUGAAGACUGACUCCAUAAAAGUUAUGGGUUUGUAUGGGAUGGGAGGUGUAGGAAAGACAACGAUUUUGAAAAGAAUCAACAACGAGAUUCCUAGUAGAGCAGCAGAUCAUGUUUUUGAUGUUGUAAUUUGGAUUGUGGCUUCCACAAACGCAACUGUGGAAGCAAUUCAGACAGUCAUUCUUGCAAAAAUGCAUAUACCGCCUAACUCUUGGAAAGACAAGCCAGUGGAUGAAAAAUCAGCACUGAUUUAUGAAUUCCUGAAAGAUAAACAGUAUAUUCUGAUGUUGGAUGAUGUGUGGCAAAGGAUAGAUCUUUUAGAAGUUGGGGUCCCUUUGUUAGAUGAUCAAAAUCAUGGUAAAGUAAUUUUCACGACUCGAUCAGAAGAAAUUUGUGGGCUUAUGCAAGCAAAUCUGAGAAUAAAAGUUACAUGCCUUUCAUGGGAGACAUCAUGGGCUCUAUUUAAGGAGAAAGUAGGCGAAAAUGCGCUGAAUUCCCAUCACGAUAUACCAAGGCUUGCAGAAAUGGUUGCUAAGGAGUGCGAUGGUUUGCCUCUAGCGCUCAUCACGAUUGGAAGAGCUAUGAGUUGUAGGAAAACUCCUUAUGAAUGGUCACAUGCCCUGCAAAUGUUGAGGAAAUAUCCUUCAAAAUUCUCAGGUAUGGGUGGGCACGUGCUACCAGUUCUUAAGUUCAGUUAUGACUAUUUACCUGAUCCCACCAUCAAACAAUGUUUUGUAUAUUGUUCAUUAUUUCCCGAGGAUUAUGAAAUUUCGACCAUCAAGUUAGUUAAUCUUUGGAUUGGGGAGGGAUAUCUAAAGGGAUUUGAUGAGAUAUCAGAAGCCAGGAAUCAUGGUUUUUAUGUCAUUGAAAGUCUGAAACUUGCUUGUUUGUUGGAAAGUGGAAGUAUAUCACCAUUAAAAGUGAAGAUGCAUGAUGUGAUCCGUGAUAUGGCUCUAUGGAUAGCUUCAGACUGUGAUGAACAUAAUAGAAAAUUUGUUGUCCUUGAAAACACUGGGUUGAUUAAUGUAAGAAGCCACAGCCAAAACUGGACUAAGGAAGUCGAGAAGAUUUUUGUGAGGGGAAAAGCAGUCGAGGAGCCCAUACUGACUCACUUGUGUGUUCAGCUUUCUACUUUGAUUGUGAAUUGUACCUAUUUGAAGGGAAUCCCCUUGAGAUUGCCUCAGCUUAUACCCUUUUUGAAAGUUCUCGAUUUGUCAGGUAACUCUAAAUUAAAAAAGUUACCAGAGAUCUCAAAACUGUCGUACUUGGAGUAUCUUGAUCUUUCGAGGACACAUAUACGAACUCUAACAACAGAUUUAAGCAAUUUGAGUCGACUAAGAGUUUUGCUGCUAAAUUACAUGGAGAAUCUCAAGGAGUAUCCUACUGAUCAUAUAAUUAAUGAUCUAGAAAAUUUGUGUAUAUUUCACAUGAAUUAUGGUCCGUGUUAUUCUGAAACGUUUUUGAGAGCCUUAGAGAAUUUGAGAUACAUCAACGAGAUAAGUAUUUAUCUGCAUUCCUCACAGAUGCUCAACAUAUUCCUGAAUUCAGAGAAAUUGCAGAAUUGUACAAAGUACCUGAGGAUUGACUGGUGCAAUAAUGUUGGUGACAUGAUUACAAAGCCGCUACAGUUAUCCACCAUCAAUAUGAAGAAUUUGGAAGCCCUCCAAAUAUAUAACUUAUGUUCUUUGAAAACUAUACAAAUCGAGGAUGGUUGUACUGCAAACAAGUUCUGGAAUCUUCGACAUUUAAUUAUCUACAGGUGUGAGCAGUUGGAGGACUUGAAUUGCCUUGUCUAUGCUUCAUCCCUUGAAAACUUAUGGGUGCGAAAGUGUUGUGCAUUAAAAAAGAUCAUUAGCCUUGUGAAGAAGGAUGUUUUUCCAGGUCUCAAAAGAAUAUGCUUGGAUAACUUGGGGAAUCUUGAAUUUAUUUGUGCUGAGCCACAGUCUUUUCCUAUUUUGGAGAGGAUGUACAUUCAUGAUUGUCAAAAACUACAAGAGCUUCCUUUUGCUGAUAUCCCAAUUAAGAGCAGUUUAGAAUUCAUUAAAGGAAGGCAAAACUGGUGGGAUUCACUAAGUUGGAGGCAUCUGGACCUCAAGCUACAUUUUGGUCAGUAUUUUCAAACCUGGGAGCGGUUCAUGAUUUAUGAAACUACUCGUGGCCUUGAGUUGAUUGACAGUGUUGAGUGGCCUAAAUCAUCGAAUCCGUCAUCAAGUAAUCUGCUCGAGAGCGAGAAACUCCAAGUCCUUAGGUCAAGUAUGGAUAUCUGGGAAGAAUGAAAUACAGAAGGCAAGAAAUGUUGGCUGGUUAGCUGAUGGAAGCCUUUAUGUGAUCUUUUAAAUUUAAGGUGUUUGGUUGAGAGUUUUGUAAGGAUGAUAACUGAUAAGCAAAGGUUUUGUUUCACUUUCAGUGUUGAUACUCUAUUUAUGGAUGCAUAUAUUUAAUAAUCUAUAGAAGGUAGUAAAUCUAGCGUUCUAAAAUUCUUGUAAAUGUCCCAUACUCCCAUGCCAUGUUAUAAAAGGAUGCAAAAACAGACUAUAUGAAGAAUUAUAGUUGGAAUUACUAUAUACAAAGUUUGUUGAGUAUUGGCUUGAAGAAGAAGGAAAACAUUGUAGUUUAUAUUUUGCAGUGUCUUGCCUGUUGAAAUCAUGCAAGUCUUAUGUGAGAUGGUUGCUAAGGUAUGUGAUGGCUUGGCCCUCGCCCUCACCCUCGUUACUGUAGGACGAGUCAUGCAACCAUCAACUUAAACUUUUGAUUGAGAUAGCAAUGAAUGUUGGCAGGUUAGCUGACGGAGCAUGAUAUAUAAUAUUAUAAGCAAAAGUUUUGUUUUAGUUUAAGUGUUGCACCUACUUUGGAGUUUCUCAUAAAUUAAGGCAUUUGCUUAUGAAUUACAAGGAAAAGUUGCAAGAGUGCCCCCACUGAUUUGUUUCUGGUCAAUUUCACAAACUUACGAGUGUUUGAUAAUCCAGCUUUUCAUGUAAGAUUAUUGAGUUACUUAUCUCAUUAUUUAUGUAAAGAUAGUCUAAGCCUUUAGUUUUUAUCUAAUACUUAUAAUUUAGUAUGAAAUAGGAUUGGUUAAUCCAAUUCGGCUAGCCUACGUAUUGUGGGAAGUACUUCACAUGUGAGAAAGAUUUCACAUCACUUAAAUAGUGGGUUAUGAAUUUGCAUAUAAUGCUUGAUGGAUAAUCUUCCUACUACCAUAUGGUUUUGGGAAAAUUAAACCUCAUCAAGUGUAUAUGCAAGUCAAUGCUCUUUACUUGUGGGUUUGUGGCCUUCGUCCAUGAGUGCCCCAUGGGUGUGUCCAUACAAGUGCGCCCACGGUGUGAUUAUGUGACGAAUUUUCACGACCUAAUAUGGUAUUAGAACACUUAGUAUUUUUCAAUUCCUUAAUCUUAGGUUUUUCUUGUUUUGUAUUGUGUUAUAAAUCUAUAUAGGGGCUCAUACUCUACAUUAAGAAUUGAAAUUCUUCGUGGAAUCAAAGCCACGUUUUGUGAUCAACUGAGAACAAAAAAUCUUGGUCUUCCAUAAAAAAAAUAAUGUGCGGGUUCGAAAAGAAAGAUGUUCCCACAAUUAAAAACAUGGAUUCACAUUUGAAUGAAGUGUUAGAAAAAUAACUUAUAUGUGAUCUUAUGUCGAAAAAUUAGAGAGGGGUUGGCUAACAUAUAAGUUUGAUGAGCUACU